GGAGGAGACAGUGGGGUGAGUUGAGUUUAGUGAGGCAGUAGGACGUGACUCAUCAUUAAUGGACGUUAAUAAGUGCCCCAGCCCGGUGUAAGAGGGCACAAAUCUCAUGUGGUGCAAAUGCCACAACUGCCUCACAGCUUCUAACAUGUCCAUCUGGUUGUAUAACAUCCACCAAGCCUUAAAAUAGAGCUGUCGUGCAAACAGAGCUCAGAGCUGUGCAGAGAUCACUGAGGAAUAAACAACAACCGGGUCACAACAACAACCGGGUCACAACAACAACACAACAACAACAACAACACAACAACAACAACACAACAACACGGUGCUGGAUUCCGUCCAGUCGACGAGCUGCUUCGCUUUAAAUCAUGGGGCCGAAGAUUAAGUUCAGGAAGCAGAAGAAAUACCGCAACGACGUGAUCGCGACUGCGCAUGCUACAGGAUGGGUUCUCCAGUUCUGGAACGCUCUUCUGGUUGGCGAUGAGGUCAUUGUGGUCAGUAUCAUCGAUGACCCCGAGUACGCUCACCUGAUGGACGCCAUUUAUGACACCAGCGACAUUGAGGAGUGGAAGAACUUCAGGUUUAACUACAGAGGGUUGAGACUGUGGUCUCUGACCUACGAGCAGGAGCUGACCACGCCUUUGCACAUCACUGCGGGCCGAGGCUUCACCGAGUGCCUGAGGCAUCUCCUCCUCAGAGGGGCCAGUGUAGAUUUUGCCCCUGGGGGCACCACUGCACUGCACGAGGCAUGCCAGGAGUGCCAGGCGGAGUGUGUUAAAGUGCUGCUGCAGUACGGUGCCAACGCCAACGCCGUCACUGAGGACGGCCUGAUGCCCCUGCACCUCUGCACUGAGCUGGAGUCACUGGAGUGUGCCAAGUAUGUCCUCGAGUACGGUGCAGCCAUAAACGGCCGCAGCUUGGAAGAAAACGACACGCCGUUGCAUGUAGCUGCACGUCACGGUCUUCUGGGCCACGUGGAUCUGUACCUGCGUCACGGUGCAGCAGUGGACUGGCAGAAUGACGAAGGACAAACGCCACUGAACACUGCAUGUUCACAUCCGCAUGAGCACACUGCUCUUGAGCGCUAUGCCCAAGUGUGCCAGCGGCUGGUGGAGGCCGGGGCAAACGUGGGCACGGGUGACACCGACAAACACACUCCUCUGCACAUGGCAUGCAAGAACGCCAACCUCGGGAUAGUGGUGCUACUUCUACGGAACGGUGCCUCCGUCAAUAUCAUGAACUACGGAGGCGAGGCACCCAUGCAUAAUAUCCUAAAAAUGGUGGCUUAUAAGUUGGAGCAUGAACCUGAGCGGAUUGUUCAGGAACUGCUCAACUAUGGAUCAAUCAGAGUGUGGCCAGGAGCUCUGCCAAAGGUCCUGAAGUACUGCUGUAUGUCACCACGUACAAUAGAAGUGCUGCUGAAUGCAUAUAGCCAUCUCAAAGUCAAUGAUCACUGGGUGGAAGCUGUUCCACUAGAGGUGUUUCAGAAACAUCAGGACUUUUACGAGUCUGUGUUUGCCCUGGCCAAUACUCCUCGCUCCCUGCAGCAUCUGGCGCGCCACACGUUACGCACCUAUCUAGAAGGCCGUGUGCACAAAGUGGUGCCCAAAUUAGGCCUGCCCACGUUUCUGAAGGACUACUUGAUGCUGGAGUUUCGAGGCUAUGUUCACUAAAUGUUCACUGAACCAAAAGUGUUCUAUCAAGCUUGAAAGGACAUGGAUGUUGUUCAAAAACUGUUCAGUGAUGCUGAUGGUUCAAUUGUACAUACUCUAUAUUAGAAAAAAAGGCAUGUCGUUUUUUAACUUUGUGUUAGCACAGAUACUGGCAGAGGUGCCACUAAUUACACUUUGUUAACCAUUUGAUCGCUGGCUCUCUACAGCUGAAAUCCAUACAAACACAAAAUUUCAGAUUCACUGAAGGGGAAAGGGUUUGCGAACCAAAAAAAAGACAAGACUUUGGUCUCUUUGUUCAAUAAAAUCAAAACAUUUGUCAUCUUGUCUACAGAUAUAAAAACACAAGGGUUUUCAUACUCUGUUUUUUUUUUUCUCUUUACCUGCUAGGAUUUGCUUGCUAGCAAGUUUACAUAGCAUCAUCUCGACUAUACAGAUGCCCUGACCAGUAAUUUGGGCAGGUUGUGAGAUCAAAUCCCAGUCGGAAUAAAAGCAUCUGCUAAAUGGAUAAAUGUAAAUUGCCUUAAAUGAGACACAAAUAUCAUUCAGCGCUGUGCAUAAAUUUUCAUGACAUGUGUCUUUGAAAGAGUAGACUAAAUGAAUUUGUCUAACCGUGGAGCAAACAACGUUUGAGAAGUGUUUUUUUUUUUAAUUUUCAGUGUUUAAAAGACUGAUGAUGAUGAUGUUGAUGAUGAUGAUGAUGAUGAUGAUGAUGAUGAUGAUGGGGAAUAGCUUUUGUAGACACUAACAUGCAUUCCCUUUUGCAUUUGCUGUUUUAUUGAAAGAAAAUAACAUUGAUUUAAAAUAAGGUGUUUUACUGUAUGAUUGAAGGAUCAUUGUAUGACAAAGUAGAUUUCUUUAUCAUCUUAAAAGCUUUUACAUUUCUGAUUGAUGAAUUGUCGGUGAUGAGCUUAUUAUUGAUUGCGGUUAUUUUGUAGACCACGAGGGGGCGCGCUGCAUCUAGAACUAUCACAUCUCUAUUUAGAAAGGCAUUAGGAAGUAUUUAAAAACAUGAAUGUAUAGCCUGAACAUUUAUUUGCAUGUAAUUAUUGACAUAUUAA